UGGCGCCCCGGCGGGCCUCGCUCCAUCCUGGCACUUCGCUCCAUCCUGGUAACUCGCAAGUCCCCGGACCAAAAACAGGAAGUUCAGGAUGAGUUCGGCUGCAGAUGAUGAAGACGCUGCAGCUUUAGAAACAGUGAAGUCGGUAACGUUGACUCAGGACAGCGAUGGAAGUAUCAUCCUGCACUGUCCUCCCAACGAUGAAGAUUUGGAGCCUCUUCAGAAGAAACUUCGACUCUCCACAGAAGAACAAGACGACUCGGACACUCCUCAGUUCUCCGUUGUCACUUUACCCAUAUCGGAGAACGACGAGAGUUUCGAGGUGACGAUGACGGCGACAGCAGACGGAGAUCUUUCUGAGGAUGGAGUUGCCCAGAUCCAGGUAGAGAUUCUUCAGGAGGACGAAGAUUCUCUGUCGCCCAGUCAGAAGACAGAAGUGUCUCCGGUCAGUCAGGCCUGGUUCACCACCAAAGAAGACAAAGACACUCUGGCUAACAAAGGUCAUAAGUGGAAACAGGGAAUGUGGUCUAAAGAGGAGAUCGACCUUCUGAUGAGCAACAUCGACCGAUAUGUGAAGAGUCGUGGUAUCGAAGAUCCUGCAGAGAUCAUUUUCGAGAUGUCCAAAGAGGAGAGGAAGGAUUUCUACCGAUCGGUGGCUUUGGGACUAAACCGGCCGCUGUUCGCCGUCUACAGAAGAGUUCUACGAAUGUACGACAACCGAAACCACGUCGGAAAGUACACUCCUGAUGAGAUAGAGAAGCUUAAAGCACUGAGAGAGAAACAUGGGAACGACUGGGCGACUAUCGGAGCAGCUUUGGGUCGAAGUGCCUCGUCUGUCAAAGAUCGCUGCCGACUGAUGAAGGACACCUGCAACACAGGUAAAUGGAGUGAAGAGGAGGAGCGACGCCUUGCUGAGGUCGUGUACGAGAUGGCGGGCGUGUCGCCGGGGUCGGCCGUCACUGGGGGCGUUUCCUGGGCGACCGUCGCCGACCAGGUUCGCACGCGCUCAGAGAAACAGUGCCGGUCGAAGUGGCUGAACUACCUGAACUGGAAACACAGCGGAGGAACGGAGUGGACGAAGGAGGACGACCUGAACCUCAUACGCAGGAUAUCGGAGCUGCAGGUGGAGGAUGAGAAUGAGAUAAAGUGGGAGGACCUGGCUGGAGGGUGGAGCAGCGUCCGGUCGCCUCAGUGGCUGCGAUCGAAGUGGUGGAGUAUCAAGAGACAAGUGGCCAAUCACAAGGAGAUCCCAUUUAACGUCCUCCUGAAAGGUCUCCAGGAGUUAAUGGCAUCCUCACAGUCAAUGUCCGGACCAGGAAGCCCCUCCUCUUCCUCGCUCCAGAUCCGACUCACCCGAUUGGACGAGAGAAGUGGCAGCCCCACCCCCAGCUCUGUGGCGGCGCUGCAGAUUCCGGUUCAGAUCCCGUUGCAGAUCACACACCUCGCCUCAGAUUCUGCAGCAGCAGCAGCUUCCAGCGACUCUGAAACCAUCACUCUGAACACUGGAGCUCUGCAGACCUUCGAGAUCCUGCCGUCCUUCCACCUGCAGCCCACUGGGACUCCAGGAACAUACUACCUCCAGACUUCGUCCAAUCAGAGCCUUCCUCUCAGCUUGGCCAAUAACAGCACGGUUACCCUGACGACGGGCUCCUCUCCGUCGCCACACGAGCACAUCAUCCUGCACAGCCUGUCGACUGAAGGCCUCUGUUCCAGCGACAGCGUCAUCAUCCAGACCGUCACCUCUGACUCCGCCUCCUCAGACCCCCUCAGCCAAUCACAGCUGGUGGUGGAGGGGCGGAGCCAGGACGACCGCCUCGAUGCCACCAGUCUCCUGGAGGGUUCGGAGGGCGUCGUCACGGAAACUCAGGAGCCAAUGACAGAUGGUUUUACUGACAAGGGGCUGAGUUCAACCUCUGCGGAGCCUCCAGUGGUGCAUUCUGGGAUCACAUCUGGCAGCGCCGUGCUGAUUGUGUCUCCUCCCAACAUCAGCAGCACACUGACAGAUCCCAUCUUGGAGAACCAGGACGGAUCCGACUGAGCUGGACUUUGAUGUGUGAAGUUCUGGAGGAAGCUGCCUCAUCCUGCUGUGAGUUACAGAACUUUUUAAUGAACCCUGGAUUAAUGUGAACGUUGCUCCUCACGGCAGUGCCAAAGAGACUCUGAAGGUCCGAAGGCAUUAAAGUUUGACCUGAAAAACUUUAGAAAUGUGAGUUGAGACGUAACAGAUCAUGACUUUCUCCUGUGAAGCUACAAUAAUGUGGAAUCCGACCGAACGUCCGUCUUUAUUUAGACUCUGACGUAUAAUUAUGUGAACGUAAAAAGACUUCAGAUGGACUGAUUCCUGCUGGUUACCAUGGAAAAAAUAAACUAUUUUAACUAGGUUUGCUUGUAUUUAAAUGAGGGUUGUAGGGAAGUUUGUGUUUGCCGCUCAGAACUCGUGACGCACAAUAUUUAGUUCUCAAAGCUGCAUUCUGAUUUUAUAAGAAAAUAAAUAUUCCAACUUCA